AUGGGAUCUCCUUGAGGUAACCACUCAAGUGCCACCUACUUCAUCCUGAUAGGUAUCCCAGGUAUGGAGGCAGCUCAGUUCUGGCUGGCCUUUCCUCUGUGUUUCCUAUACCUCAUUGCUGUAUUAGGCAACCUCACCAUCAUUUACAUCAUAAGAACCGAGCGGAGUCUACAUGAGCCCAUGUACCUCUUCCUGGGCAUGCUUUCUACAAUUGAUAUCCUUAUAUCUACUUCCUCCAUGCCCAAAAUGUUGGCUAUCUUCUGGUUCAAUGCCACCACCAUCCAGUUCGAUGCUUGCUUGGUACAGAUGUUUGCCAUCCAUUCCCUUUCUGGCAUGGAGUCCACAGUUCUCCUGGCCAUGGCCUUUGACCGCUACGUAGCCAUUUGCCACCCUUUACGCCAUGCUGCUGUGUUCACUUCCCCUCGUAUUGCCAAGAUUGGCUUGGCAGCUGUGAUUCGAGGGGCAGCCCUGAUGGCCCCAUUGCCUGUCUUCAUCAAGCUGCAUCCUUUUUGCCGUUCUAACAUUCUUUCCCAUUCCUACUGUCUCCACCAGGACGUCAUGAAGCUAGCAUGUGCUGACAUCCGUGUUAAUGUGAUCUAUGGCCUCAUUGUUAUCAUCUCUGCCAUUGGCUUAGACUCAGUGCUCAUAUCUCUUUCAUACUUAUUCAUCCUCAAGACUGUAUUGGGCCUGACACGAGAGGCCCAGACAAAGGCUUUUAGCACCUGUGUUUCGCACGUGUGUGCAGUUUUUAUCUUUUUUGUUCCUUUCAUUGGCCUGUCUAUGGUACACCGCUUUGGCAAAAGGACUGGCUCUAAUUUACACAUUAUCAUGGCUAAUGUGUACUUAAUUGUGCCUCCUGUGUUAAACCCUAUUGUUUAUGGUGUGAAGACUAAGCAGAUUCGCCAGAGGAUCGUACAGCUGUUUCGCUCAGCAUCAGGCACCUCAGACUUAUAG